AGUCAGGACGGAAGCAUGAUGGAAGUAUGUUUUGUCUUUCCAUGAUUUGUUCUUAUCAUUUUGUCCUUUUAAAGGGAUUAUGAGAAAGGUUGCAGCGUGGCCAGUGAGUCAGGGAGAUCGUUGAUAAGGUUGGUAGGUUUCAGCUAAUCCAGGAAGAGGUCACAGACCGACGGGUAUAAAACGACAUGAAGGGAAGCAGAAGCACUCAAUAAAAAGCCGUCCUGCUCAGAGGCACAAUGAAGGGGGAGCUUUCUCUCAACAUGGUAACUGCUGCAACCACAAUGGGCUCAGUGAAAUCAGCCGGACUGUCUCUUCUUCUGCUGUCUUUUCUUCUUUACAUAGCUGAUUCUUACCCCAACAUUGACUUGUCAAACGUGGGCUGUGAGGAGUGCACGCUGAGGAAGAACAAAAUUUUCUCCAUGGAUCGUCCGGUCUACCAGUGCAUGGGCUGCUGCUUCUCCAGAGCGUACCCAACUCCUCUCAAGGCCAUGAAGACGAUGACCAUCCCAAAGAACAUCACCUCGGAGGCAACAUGCUGUGUUGCAAAGCACAGCUAUGAGACGAUGGUGUCCGGCAUACCGGUGAAAAACCACACAAUGUGCCACUGCAGCACCUGCUACUUCCAUAAGAUAUGAAGAACUGGAGAGCAUCCUGCAGCACUCGGCUUGGCAACACGCUGUGUUUCUUUUAAUAUGCACAAGCUCAUUUCUGUUUUAAAAUGUUUGUUCACGUGUUGACAGAUAAUAUUUUUGUAGCAAGUCUGUGUCUGUGUAAUUAGCCUAUAUUUGCGUUGAUAGAAGUGCAUGAUUAAUUGUAGAUUGAAAAGCAAUUAAAAUGUGCAUCCCAG